UCUGAGCAAAGCGCGCUGGGUUGCACGUUGGGCCAUGCGAUUCCGAGCUCGGGGAUGGUGGUGCUGCUUGUGAGUGUGAGCCAGCUCUUCGCUUCAGCACUGUUGCAUGUUCGGUGAGUGGGAAAUAUGAGUGAAUGGCAGAGGAAAAGUCCUUUAGAGUGGCAGACUUAUGUGAACAAAGAAGUAAAAGUCACAGCUGCUGAGAAACAUGAAUACAAAGGAUGGGUCUUAACAAUUGACCCAGUUUCUGCAAAUGUUGUCCUAGUGAAGCUCAUGGAGGAUGGAAAAGUAUGUGUCUCAGUCAUCCUGGGUCACGCUGUACAGAAAGUUGAAAUAGUGAAUGAAGGAGAUGAUGAAAUGAAGGAGCAGCUUGCUCACUUAUUCAUGCCAGAAGAGAGCAAAGCUUAUGGCCACGAAGAACUGGAGAAGAGGAAGAGCAGCCUGAAGACUUGGCUGGAGACCAAUCACAUCCCUGUAACAGAACAAGGCGAGUCACAAAGAACACUGUGUGUGGCAGGUGUAUUAACUAUCGACCCACCAUAUGGGCCAGAAGACUGCAGCAGCUCCAAUGAAAUUAUUCUAUCUCGAGUCCAGAGCUUGAUACAAGGCCAUCUUGCAACGCAGUUGUAAUGGACAAGUUGACAAACGCUUCUAUUUCAAACAGGGGAGGUGUUCUUUUUCCCUUAAAUUAAGAAUUGUUCUAUACUAUUGGUUGACUUGAUUUUCCACUCACAUGUGUGAGGGUGAGCGGUACUGUUGUGCGUUAGCCACUCUGGCUGAUUCUGUGUGUGAGGGAACAGAUGGUGUAUCAGUCGUACAGCUGAAAGCAGGAAGCAUUUGUACUACCUAAUAUUUUGUAUAAAAAAAAGUUAUUUGGUAUGAAUGACA